ACUCCGGAGGCUGGUCUUACACUAAACAAAUAGAGAGGAAGUCAGUCAACAAAGCCUGUUUGCUAGCAUCUCUCUCCAGCCAACCUGCUCAGCUGUUACAAGAUGAAUUUACUGCAGUCCUCAACUGGAGCUCUGUUUCUGUUGCUGUCCUGGUCUGUUGGCCUCGUCAUCGGAGAGGUCGGCACGGACUUCUCCCACUGCCUUGAUUUCUUCUACAAUAAAACUCCACCAACGUGUGUCAACGCACCAAGAUACCAGCCGAUAUGCCAGCACUACAAAAACCAGUACCACUUUGCCAGCCUGUACGACCGUCAGCAUCGUGCGCCUUUGUUCUCUGCGUAUAUACUAAGUCCUGCAGAGGGUAAACGGCCAAGUUCCAUUUGGAUGUAUGAACCACAGUUGGCAUCUUCCCGUGCGAGCCCAGAAAUGAAGCGUUUUAACAUCUCUGUUGAUCAGAAUGUGAUAGAAAGUCAGGCGGUGCUUCAGGAUUACAGGAACUCCAACUACACCAAAGGGCAUCUCAACCCUAGCAUGCACCAGAAGACCGAAGAGGACCGAGAGGCCACAUUUACCCUGACAAACAUCGUCCCUCAGCGGGCAGGCUCCAACUCUGGCCCCUGGAACCGGCUGGAGGAAGAGGUGCUGAGAAGAUUCAAGGCCUACUGCGAUGGGCCGAUGUACGUGAUCACUGGUGCCAUGCCGUACGAGUCAGGAGCUCGCUGGAUUAAUAACAGGGUGUCUGUUCCUGAGUACAUGUGGUCUGCUUACUGCUGCCCGUCACACAAAGCAGACCUUCCUGAAUCUGUGCAGCAGUUUUUCCCAGCAUAUGCUGCAGUGGGAAGAAAUGACCAGAACAGCGGAGAGGAGAUUGUGCCAGUUAACAUGAAGGCUAAGGCGAAUAUACGAGGCUAUGAUGUGAGGCGGAUGCCUUUGGAGACCCUGGAGGGGAUCCUGCAGCACAGACUGGCCAUGCCCAUCAGUCUGUUUGAUGGAAAGUGUCAGAAAUAAAGGGCUCCUUGUUCAACUCCAGCAAGAAGCCAAGCAGAUUUGACUCGACUUCCUCAUAAAUUCACUAUUACAUCAAUUAUAGAAUGCGUUUGAUUAGCUGGGACAUGAUGAUUGCCUCAUGAUGAUUUGAACUUAUUUGAUUUUGUCAAAGGGGCUGCACAGUGGCGUAGUGGUUAGCACUUUCGCCUUGCAGCAAGAAGGUCCCUGGUUCGCGUCCCGGCUUUCCCGGGAUCUUUCUGCAUGGAGUUUGCAUGUUCUCCCUGUGCAUGCGUGGGUUUUCUCCGGGUACUCCGGCUUCCUCCCACAGUCCAAAAAUAUGCUGAGGUUAAUUGAUCAUUCUAAAUUGCCCGUAGGUGUGAAUGUGAGAGUGAUUGUUUGUCUUUGUAUGUAGCCCUGUGACAGACUGGUGACCUGUCCAGGGUGUCCCCUGCCUUCACCUGAGUCAGCUGAGAUAGACUCCAGCCCCCCCCGCGACCCUAGUGAGGAUUAAGCAGUGUAUAGAUAAUGGAUGGAUGGAUGGAUGAUUUUGUCAAAUUGAUAUUUUCCUCUUGUAAAUGUCAUAUUUGAAUACCUUUAUUAAUUCCACGGCUUACCAAUAAAACAAGACUGAAAUGCGUAAAAAGAAAAGUCUCCUACUG